AUGAAGCUGUACAACACGCUGACCGGCGAUGCCACCGAGUUCACUCCCGCGGACGGAAAGACCGUCAAGAUGUAUGUCUGCGGAGUCACUCCUUAUUCUUCCACACACAUCGGCCAUGCCCUCAGUUAUGUCGCCUUCGAUGUGCUGCGCCGGUAUGUGGAACACCUUGGGUUUGAGGUUCGGCACGUCCAGAACUUCACGGACGUGGACGACAAGAUAAUUCAGCGCGCCCAAGAACAGGGUAUAGAACCCACUGGUCUGGCAGAGCAGUUCAUAGAGGACUUCUUCCAGACGAUGGAUGCGCUGAAUAUAAAGCGCGCCCACGUUUACCCGCGAGCCACGGAGGAGAUCGGCCCCAUCAUAGAGACCAUCGGGAAACUGGUGGAUUCGGGUUAUGCCUACGCCGCGGGCGGCGACGUAUUUUUCCGAGUCGAGCGGAGCGAGGAUUACGGAAAACUUAGCCACCGCACUCUUGAAGGGAUGCAGGCGGGCUCCCGCAUCGAGAUCGACGAAAACAAGGAACAUCCCAUGGAUUUCGCUCUCUGGAAGGGCGCUCGUCCCGGAGAGCCGUCUUGGGAGAGCCCCUGGGGGCCGGGCCGCCCGGGCUGGCACAUUGAGUGCACCAGCAUGUCCAUGAGCUAUCUCGGCGAGAGUUUGGACAUCCACGGCGGCGGGCAAGACCUGGUGUUCCCUCACCACGAGAAUGAGAUCGCGCAGAGCGAGGCCUCCACCGGUGUAAUUCCGUUCUCCCGAUACUGGGUCCACAACGGGCUGCUGCGGCUGGGCGAAGACAAGAUGAGCAAGUCGCUGGGCAACCUUGUGUCAGUUGAAGAGGCCCUGCAACGAUUUUCACCAGACACCAUCCGCCUGUAUUUCCUGAGCUCCCACUACCGCAGCCCGCUGUCCUACACCGACGACGGAUGCGCGGGAAUGGAGCGCAGCCUGGAACGCCUGCGGAAUGCGCUGACGCGUGACGGCGGCAGCGAGAGUGAUAUCCUGGACCCUGAACCCUACCAACGCCUGUUCUUUGAGGCGAUGGACGAGGAUCUCAACACCCCGCGGGCCCUGGCAGCCCUCUUCGACCUCGCUCGGGACAUAAAUCGCAGCAGCGAUGCAGGUCAGCAGGUGUCCGACGCCCAAGAUAGCCUGCGGCAUCUUGGUGGCAUCCUGGGCCUGACUUUCGAGGCGCCGGAGGGAACUGCUACGGGAGCGGGACCCUUCAUUGAACUGCUCCUGGAAACACGGACAGCUUUGCGCCAAGCGCGCCAGUUCGAGCACGCUGAUCGGAUCCGCAACGGCCUGGAACAACUGGGAGUUUCGGUUGAGGACAGUCCCAGCGGGUCUGUCUGGCAUAUGCGCCGAUCAUAA